UAGAUAUGAAGUUCUGGGUUUUUAUCUGCCUGUUGUUUUGUUUGUCACCGUUAACAGCCAGAAAACAGGACGUGGACACAGAUGAUAACGAAUUCGCCGAAUUCGAGGAUGAAGAGGAGUUUGUCGUGGAGCCAAGCAGCGAGAAGUCUGGUCCAUCAGCUGGUGACACUGACAGACAGAUCAACAAAGAUGCUGUGCCUACAGAGGACACAGAGGAGGAAGAUUCUACUAUAGAGACAGAGGAUGAAGAAUUUGAACACUUUAUCGAUGAAGAUGAAUUUGAGGGGUUCGAAAAAGACAAGAGUCAGCCAUCCAAAUCAAAAGAUGGACAACCAGAACUGAAAAUGGCCGAUGUACCAUUGCAAUUCCGAACGAACUGGGACAGCUUUUAUGUAGAGAUUCUGAUGCUUGCUGGGCUUGGGGUGUAUUUCCUGAACUUUUUACAAGGGAAAAGCAAGAACCAUAAACUGGCCCAGUCAUGGUUGAGUGCACACCGUGACAUCCUUGAACAAAACUUCAGCAUUGUGGGUGAUGAUGGAACUUCUAAAGAGGCAUCCUCUGGGACUCUAAUGAAGGAAUCGGAAAAUGUCUACGCCCUCUGGUGCAGCGGUAGAACAUGUGUGGAGGGAAUGCUGGUCGAACUGAAGUUCCUGAAGAGACAAGACCUCAUUAGCUCCAUUUCAAACAUGUUUAAACCCGCCUCAGACCAGAUUGUAAUCCAGGUAGAUCUGGAUCCCAAGGUGAUGGAUAAGUUUGUAUUUGCCAUUGCUCAGAAGAGAAGCUGCAACAAACUCCACAAGGAAAUGCUGGACUUGAGCCAGUUCACAGAAAAGAAGAACCUGGAUAAAAAGAUCGACAUUCCCUCAAGUUUUCAGGUCCUCAGUGAGAUUAUGGAGGCUACAACAGCUGUUCUGGACAAAAAGGUUUGCACGGUGCUCCAGAAAUUUGAGCCGUGUGUGGAAUACAUUCAUUUUUCUGACCAGUAUGCAGGACUUAAGUCUACCGACGACUCUCAACCAACUAAGAUGCCUCAAGUGAAACCAGUCCUGAUGUUUGUCUUCAAUGUGCCUGGAAAGGGGAAGACUAAGCCCUCUGAUAUGGAAUCUGUAAAACCACUGCUCCAGAUGGUCUUCCACUGCAUCGAUAAAGUCAGCCGUCUUCAACUUAGCCGAGAGGCCAAACAGAAAGCAGAAAAGAACCGACAGAAGGCGGAGGAGGAAUACGAACGUUUGACUCACAGUCAGCGUCAGGAGGCGGCACAGCUCCGCAGGGAGGAAAAACGUCGUGUGGAGAAAGAACGACUCCUUAACGAAGAGGAUCCGGAAAAGGCACGAAAGCUUGAGGAGAGAGAAAAUCGACGAGAAAUGAAGCGUAAACAACCCAAGAUGAAGAUGAUGAAGGUGCAAGGCUGAGGUGUAAAAAUGAUGUGCAAUGAAGAGUUUAAAAAAUUUCUUAGUUUCCAGUUUUUAACUUGAAUGUGUGCAAUUUGAAGAAAGACUCUCUGUUUGUGAAAUGUGACUGUUUUAUUGUCAUUAUGUUUUUAUAUAUAUAUGUAUAUCUGCAGUUUUUGUCACUAAUAAUAUAUUUACAUUACAUACAUAUGUAUGUUCAUCAGUACAUGUACAAACUUUAAAAAAUAAAUUCAACUUUUAUAGAAAUAUU